UGGGGACAUAAGGAUGCUUCUGCUCGCUCUUGCUUCUCUGCUCUUUGCAGCUACAGACACCUUAAUGAUAUCCACAAACAUGGACAGUGGUACCUGUCCCUUGGGGCAGUUCCCAUGUGGAAACUUGUCUAUGUGCUUACCUCAACUCCUGCACUGUAAUGGACACAAAGACUGUGCAAAUGGUGCUGAUGAGGAAAACUGUGUGGAUAACAGUGGCUGGCCUAAGCUCUUUGAUACCAUCCAGAGUGCCAGAGGAAGUCAAGUCAUCCAGGAAGAGGAGGCACAUGAAUAUGAAUGUGAGCUGGAUAUUUACCCUCAGAACUGUGAAUGUAAGAAGCGAAUUGUAAACUGCUCAAGUCAGGAAUUACAGUUUGUCCCACCAGUCUCUGUUAAUGUGACAGUUAUUGAUCUUAAGGACAAUAGAAUCAAAUCUUUGCCCGAUGGUACCUUUCGGUUAUACCAGGACUUAGAGAAACUCCUCCUGCAAAACAACAGACUGCGAUCUAUCUCACGCCUGACAUUCUCAGGACUUUUCAACCUGAAGAUGCUCUUCCUUAGUGACAAUCGGAUAAAGGUUCUGAAGGCUGAUGUGUUCCUAGAUCUUCACUCACUGGAAUGGUUGAUAUUAGAUAAUAACAGAGUUGCUAAGAUCGUCCCUGGAGCAUUCAGGGGUCUGAAUUCUCUGUAUUUCUUGUACAUGCUUAACAAUUCUAUUGCUGAGAUUACAGAGAAUUCCUUAUGCUCAGAGAUGCCUCGUCUAAACUGGCUGGACCUGGAGGGAAAUCAGAUGCACACCAUUCGUGAAUCUGUCUUUCAAGAGUGUAUAACUGUCCUAAUCCUGCGCAGGAACAAGAUAAGAAAAAUUCAUCAAGGCGCAUUAACCCAAAUGAACAAACUGGUGGAUCUAGAUCUCUCUGUCAAUCAAAUAGCGGAUCUGUCACCAUCACUGUUCAAUAACUUGCAAGAGCUUCAACAAUUAAAUAUUUCCUUCAACCCUCUGAACCAUAUUCCCCACAAUCAGUUUGAUCUGUUGACCAACCUGCAGUCUCUAAUCAUGGAGGAUAUAGACAUUCCAAAUAUCCACAACCGCAUGUUUUCCAGUCUAGUUAAUCUGUCUCACAUAUAUUUCAAAAAGUUCCAAUACUGUAGCCACGCUCCUCAUGUGCGCAGCUGCAAGCCCAAUACUGACGGCAUCUCUUCCUUCGAGAAUAUGUUGGCCAAUAUCUUGCUGCGGGUCUUCGUCUGGGUGAUGGCCUGUGUCACCUGCUUUGGGAACCUGUUUGUGAUCUGCAUGAGGUCAUUUAUAGGCACUGAAAACUGCCAGCAUACCAUGUCUAUCAAGUCUCUCUGCUGUGCAGACUGCUUAAUGGGCUUCUACCUCUUCUGCCUAGGGGCAUAUGAUAUAAAGUUUCAGGGAGAAUACAACAAACAUGCCCAGGUCUGGAUGGAGAGCUCGCAGUGUAAACUGGUUGGCUCAUUGGCCAUGUUGUCCUCUGAAGUCUCUGUUCUCAUGCUUACAUAUGUGACACUGGAGAAGUACCUGUGCAUAGUCUUUCCAUUCAGUCACUUCCGAGCAGGACGCACACAAACCUUAGGGACACUCAUCACCAUUUGGAUCAUUGGCUUCAUUAUUACUGUAAUUCCUUUCCUUAGCUAUGACACAUUUGGCAAUUUCUAUGGAAGAAAUGGGGUUUGCUUCCCACUACAGUCAGAUAGUACAGAAAAAUCUGGAGCUCGGGCAUACUCUGUCAGCAUAUUCCUAGGGCUCAAUCUGUUGGCUUUCAUCACCAUCGUCUUUUCCUACAGUAGCAUGUUUUACUCUAUUCACAAGACAGGUGCCCAAACAGCAGAGCAUGGAGUGCUCUCCCGAGAAGUGACCAUAGCCAAGAGGUUCUUCUUCAUUGUGUUCACUGACGCCCUCUGCUGGAUUCCCAUCUUUUUACUAAAAGCUGUUUCACUUACAGAAGCAGAGAUUCCAGGUACAAUUACCUCCUGGGUCGUGAUCUUCAUUUUACCUAUAAACAGUGCCCUGAAUCCCAUCCUUUACACCAUGACCACCUCCUCCUUCCAGGAGAAGCUCAAGCAAUGUUUACAAAGUAAAAGACAUCAACUGCAGGAGUCUGGGAAAAGCUUUACAUUGGUAUCUAUUCACACCAAUACAGCUUGACACUGUUGGAAUCAAUGAACUUUUCGGCUAUUGAGCACUGACUUGAUACCUGUGGUUCUUAUUUUCAUUAUUUAAUUUUGGUCCUUUCAUAAAAUCAUCCAUGUUAUCAGUCCAUGUGGGAUAUAGGAGCACAGUCUUGAUGCCAAUUCUCAAUGAAAAGCCUCGCAACACAAUGAUCAUGCCUUUGUCUCCUAUAUCAACGGCUGGAGGCACCAAGCUCUACAAACAUAUGCCCCUGCUUCCUAUGGAAACUAUAAAGAAGUGAACACUGAGUAGUCCUUAAAAAUAUUGGGAUAAUCUAAGUAAAAAACAAAAGACAUCAUUUAUGUGACAAGAAGGUCAUCUUGGCUUGGUAUGAGAAAAGACAAUCGAUAGAAUUAAGUAUAGCCAUGAGAUAUGAUUUUCAAUGGAAAAAAUAAAUCAUUGAGGACAGAACCGAUAAUUGGCAAGCACCUUAACAAGGUCAACAGAAGGACUUAUGGAUUCUACAGCACUGAGCUGUAUUAAAGGGAAACCAGUGUGAAUUAUGUAUAAAUAGAAUUGAGUGUACAUAUAUUUAUAACAUUUCUUAUGAAGAGAUCUGAUGUAUUAUAAUCUUGACAACUAUGUAUAUGAUAUAGAGAUAUGCUUUUUAAACAGAUGCAUUGAUCAAGUUGCCAAAAUGUUAAAGAUUUCAAGGCAAAUUUUCUUGUACUGAGGAGAAUAUGGGUGUACCACUUCAAAAAUACUUUAUUUAAGUAUAUUUAUAAUGGGUCAGUUGGUUUCCAUCACUUUAUCUACAUUGCAAUGAAUUGUAGGUGCCAAGGAAACAGGAUAUCUAAUGACCUGAAAGACACCGACCAAAUGAUUUAAAAGGGUUUUCCCAAAGAACAAAACUCAUCAUAUCUGUAUAAGUGAUAAGUGUCUGAACAGUGGAAUUCCGAUGUACAAUGCUGAACCAUUCACACAUAUGUCCCUGAUAAAGAUAGCUAUCUACAACAUGCAGCUUUCUUUGUCAGGCCUAUAGUGGCACUGUGUAUGUCCAACUGCUAUGCUAUUCAACCAGGGAGACAAGGGACCCACAUUCUUGUGAUGACUGGGGAUCCCAGCAAUCGGACAUGUGCCCUGUUGCUCCAUUCACAUAUACUAUGCAUUCAGAAAGUUUUUAGACCCUUUCACUUUUUUUUUUUGUUGUUGCAGCCUUGUGCUAAAAUAACAAAACUUCUACCUUUCCCCCCAUUAUUUUAUACUCAGUACCCAUACUAACAAAGUUAAAAAAGAAUUUUAGAAAAUUAUGUGAAUAUAUUAAAAAAGGAAAAACUAACAUUUCUCAUGGACACAAGAAUUCAGACCCUGUCGCUUUAACACUUUAAAUUUAGCUCUGGGGUCUCCCAUUUCUCUUCAUCAUCUCUGAGAUGAUUCUACAUCUUGGUCGGAGUCACCUGUGGUAAAUUCAGUAGAUUGGACAGGAUUUGGGAAGGCACAGCCCUGUCUUUGUAAGGUCUCACAGCUGAGCUGACCAUGCAUAUUAGAGCAACAACCAACCCAUGAGGCGGAAAUAAAUGCCUAUAGGGCCCAGAGACUGGAUUGUGUAGAAGCACAGAUCUGGAGAAGGGUACCAAAAAAAAAUCUGCUUCACUGAAAGUUUCCAAAAGCACAGUAACCUUUAUAAUUCUUAAUUUAUUACCAAUAACCCAUUGUUUACUUUGGCUGAACUCUAAAGAUCCUGUGCUCACAUGGCAGAAACUUCCAGAAGGUCAACCAUCACUGCAGCACUCCACCAAUCUAGGCUUCUCGGCAGAGGGUCCGGAAAUAGCCUCUCCUCAAUAAAAUAUGCAUGAACGCCUGCACGGAGUUUAAGGGGAAAAAACACCUAAAAGACUCUCAGACUGUGAAAACCAAGAUAAUCUGGUCUGAUGAAACCAAAAUUUAACUUUCUAACCUCAAUUGUCAUGUCUAGAGGAAACAAGGCACUGCUCAUCCCCCACCCAACACAUUCCUUACAAUGAAACAUAAUGUUGGCAACAAAAUCAUGCUGUUAGGUUUUUGCUUUUUCAGUGGCUGGUACAGGGAGGCUUGCCACGGUUGUAAGCUAAAUUGAGCAAAUUGCAGAUAUAUUCUUAAGGAAAACCUGAUCCAGAAUGCUCUGGCCCUCUAAGCAGAUAGCCACGACAAUACAGGAUUUCUUAGGGACAACUUGUGAAUGUCCUUGAGUGGCCCAGCUAGAGCCCUGACUUAAACCCAGUUGAACAUCUCCAGAAAGACCUGAAAAUGGCCACCAACGGUCCCCAUCCAAAUUGAGCUUUAGAGGAUCUGCAGAGAAAAAAAGCAAAAAAAAUCUCUGAAAUCCGUUGUACAAACAUCAUGCCUAAAAGACCACAUUAUCACUUUGUUAAAAUGGGGAUCUCAGCAGUCAAACUCCCACCGCUAAUACUUAUUACCUAUCUUUCAGAAAAAUGAUCAGUGUUGUUAAGGGGAAAAUCACUUUAAUGAAUGGUUAGAAUUUUAACUGAACAAAUAGUCCUGGCCACUGUUCUCCUCAGCACCAGUCCACCAGCAUACCUAGAGGCAGAAGGCAUUCUCCUCACUUGGCAACUUGCAUCACCUAAAAUAUACUGUAAAUAACAAAGUGUGCCAUAAGUUUUUUUUCCCUAAUAAAAUAUCUUGAAAAAUUUACCAAAGUAAAUACAUUCUUGAAAAUUUAUUUUUGUUGAUAUAUGGUUGGAGAGGAUAACUAGGUUUGUAUUUAAAGGGGUACUUUACCCCAGACCCCCACGAUCAUGUGCACACACCUGGCGUUCUGAACAUUAUGUUCAGAAUAAUAGAUUCAGGCUGUGGUCAUGCACGGUGAUUGCCGGGGUCCCCAGCAGCUGAACCAUCAUGAUCAGACAUCUUAUCCCCCACAGGUAGGUUCCCAAAGUAUGCUUACUGUUUAGGUAGUUUCCCAAGUAUGUAGUUUUCCUCAGUAGGUGGUUUGCCUUCUCUAAGUAGGACCCCCUGUAGAUAGUUUGCUCCAUGUUAGCAGGACCACCCUGAAGUUAGUUUGCUUUCUGUAGGAACCCCCUUACCUUAAUAUUUUCCCAGGUAGGACCCUCUUGUAGGAAGUUUGUAUUAGGUAGGCAGGACCACCUUGUGGGAAGUUUGUCCCAGGUAGGCAUGACGUUUGGUAGGUGGUACGUUUUAUUAAGUGGGUGGGUAGGUGGUAUGUUUGCUAGGUAGUACAUUUGAUAGUUGGGUAGGUGGUGCAUUUGCUAGGUAGGCAGAUAGGUGUCCCUGCCUAACUCCCACUUCUAUCCCAAGCCCCCCCCCCAACUUCUAGCAACCGCCUGAAUGCAUUACUAAAGACAACCUCUCAGUUGUGUGAAAGAGGUGGCCAUUAGUAACAUAUGCAGGGAGGGCAGUACAAAUGUGUUCCCGGACCAACUUAGCGAGAGCAGUCAGCUGAAUGGAGGCUCCUCUCCGGAGGGAAGAAUCCAACAUCGUAGGCAUUAUCUGCUCCAGUGACAUGGAUGCUUCACGCCUGACGUCCUGUGUACGCCAGGUCCAUUGGGAAGUCUCAGCUUCUUUGACGCUGAUGAUUACCGGCAGACAUUCUGGACGGAAGAUUUAAAUUUUUUUCUGAUGUCUUGGCACACGAUUGGGAAUCACUGUUGUAGAGAGUCGGACUCUCACAACACUUUGUAAAAAGAUGCCAAGGUCUUACAAAAAUAGCAAUAAAUAACUCUUGUAUGUAUACAUAGGCAGAAAUAUAUAAAUUUCCUGUAUGCCAGAAAACUGGAGUAGAAAUGGUGUAAAUUCCUGCAAGCCCUGUUAUUUUUUUUUUUUCUUCACUUUUGAUUCUCUCAUGCUCUCACUCUUUUUCCCUAGUGGGAGGGUUUUGGCCUCCCACAACCCGGCAGAUUUACCAUAAUUCUCUAAUAAAUUUAUUAGAAAGUGGUUUUUUUUUGUUUGUUUGAUUUUUUUUUACAAAAAAAACUGGUAUGUAAAAAUAAUAAAUUAUAAUUAUAAAUAUUAAAGCCCCUAACCCCCUAAUGGUUUUCACUUUAUUACAUUGGGGGAUGAAACGCCACAAUAUAUAGGAGUAAAAUCAGGCAGAAGUUCAUAUAAGGCAAUUAAAGGGGAACUUUGGUGGAAAACUUUUUUUUUUUCUUUUUUUUUAUCAACUGGUGCCAGAAAGUUAAACAGAUUUGUACUUCUUGGCACUUAGGUCUGUUAGACAUCUUCACAACAGAUGGGACAAACUCUCAAAGAAAAUUGCAGGUAUUUUCCAUCAGGCCGGGUGCGCUGUGAGCACCAGCACCCGUGCCAACCCGCAUUCUACUAAUACAAUAGCCUAUAACAGACUAUAACUGUGUCACCCACAAACUGCAACUAUUUGUUAUUUUUUAUUUUAUAUUUUAUUGCAUAUAUUAUCCUUGUCAAGACUGGUAACCACUAUUUAAAACUAUAAUUUAUGCCAUUUUAUGAUAAACUGCUUUUAACAUAACAUAUAUUAUACCAGCCGU